AUGACCUCUCUCACUCCCCGUCCUCCCUACACGGACGAUGAACUCAACAAGCUCUACCCACCCAGCCUCCAACUCCAGCAGGUCCAGAUCCUCAUGCGCCAUGGCGAACGUACCCCCGUAACCGCCCGCUUCCAGAACGCCGGUCUCAAGCCCUUCUGGCCCUACUGCGCCAGCGUCCGCCAGCUGAGGUCGAUAAUGCUCGACUACAACGGCGAGAACAAACCCAAGGACCUGGCAAUGCCAACAACAACCGGAAAGCCCUCCUUCCACACGGUCGAAUGGAAGCGCCGUCUCGAGACCUUUGGCCACAAGGAUGAGCCCGUGGUAGCCAAGGGGCCCGGCCACGAAAUCGACGAUAUUUGCGACUUUGGCGCCCUGACGGACCUAGGCCGCCAGUCCACCUCGCGCCUCGGCAUGCGCCUCCGCAAGCUCUACGUUGACCGGCUUGGCUUUUUGCCCGAAACCAUCAGCUCCACCGACGACUUCUACCUGCGGUCGACUAACGUGCCCCGCGCGCUCGAGUCCAUGCACCAGGCCUUCCAGGCCUUGUACCCGCCCUCCACGCGCGAAGCCGAUCCGGAGACGGGCAAGUUUCCCGUACCCACCGUGCUGACCCGGGGCCCGGGAGACGAGACGCUCUACCCCAACGACGGCAACUGCCGCCGGUUUGCGGCACUCUCGCGGGCGUUCGCCCAGCGCGCGGCAGACAGGUGGAACACCUCCGACGAGAUGGAGUACCUGAACAAAGUCUACGGCAAGUGGAUGCCGGCUAACAGCCCGCGCGUUGCCGUCGACUCGAGGCCGCGUCUGUCGGGCAUCAUGGACACCGUGAACGCCAGUCUGGCGCAUGGUCCGGAAACCCGGCUUCCAGAGGGGUUUUAUGACCAUAAGGCCCGCAAGCUCUUGGAGAGAAUUGCCAGUGAUGAGUGGUUCGCGGGUUUCAACGAGUCGCGCGAGUAUCGCAUGUUGGGAAUCGGUGGGUUGUUGGGCGACAUCGUUGAGCGCAUGGUCAGCCGCGCUGAGCACACACAUUCUUCACAUCCCGUCAAUACCGAAUCAGCCACCUCGGACCCCUCAGGCCCUGGCAUCAAGUUCGGUCUGUCGGGGUGCCACGACACCACGUUGGCGGGAAUGCUCUCCAGCCUAGGCGCGUACGACAGCAGCAGCUGGCCUCCGUUUACUAGCCACAUCGCUAUCGAGUUAUUCCGUAAGGCGGAUAGUACUAGCUCUCCUGCAGACCAAAUUUCUGCAGUAACACCCCCCGCCAAGCGUGGCUGGUGGGAGUCCAUGUUCUCCGGCAGCGCUGGUCGGAAUAAGAACCCUCCGGGGUCGGGCAUCGGCAGGAAAUCCUCCGAGUACCUGACCUCGUCUGAAAAAUCCAAGCUGGACGGCUACUACGUUCGCAUGCGGUACAACGACGAGCCGGUGACGAUUCCGGGGUGCAAGACGCCUGGGAACCAUUUGGAGGGGGACGAAUCAUUUUGCACUUUGUCCGCCUUCAAAUCAAUAGUCGACAAAUUCACUCCCCAAGAUUGGAAGCAGCAGUGCCGAAUGAACUUGGGCCAGCCGGCUACGCCUCCUAGUGGUGAGCCGGAGUGGGCUGGUCAUCCUUGAACAUGUGUCUUUUAAGGCAAGCUAAGAGUUGGCAGGACGAAGGAAGGGAGGGAUAUAGAAAUAG